UUGACCGCAGUAGAAUAUCUACCGCUCUGGCUUUAGUGAUAAUGUGAUGUGGGUUUGGUUGUACCCUCAGGAAAACUUUCUCUCCAGUUUUUUUUUUGGCAGUGUGAGGUUGGUGGAUGGUGGCAGUCGCUGUGCUGGGAGAGUGGAGGUUCUUCAUAGAGGGCAGUGGGGAACAGUGUGUGGUGAUGACUGGGAUAUGAGUGAUGCUGCAGUGGUGUGUAGAGAGCUGGGCUGUGGAGAAGCUGUAGAUGCACUGGGCAAAUCUCAUUUUGGAUCAGGAUCAGGACCAAUCUGGAUGGAUGAUGUGGACUGUAGUGGAUCAGAGUCUAGACUGAAGAACUGUAGAUCACCAGUAUGGGGUAAACAUGGCUGCAAUGAAACCCACAAUUCUGGAGUCAUCUGUUCAGGAGCCAGGCUGGUUUUAGGUUCUCGCUGCUCUGAGAGAGUGGAGGUUCUUCAUGGAGAGAGCUGGGUCACAGUGUGUGAUGCUGACUUUGACCAGCAGGGUGCAGAGGUUGUGUGUCGAGAGCUCGGCUGUGGUUCUCCUGUGAAGGUUCUGGGAGCAGCUGCGUUUGGUAGAGGGGAGGGUCAGGUGUGGUCAGAGGUGCUUCAGUGUAGAGGAAACAAAUCUCAGACUCACUUCUGUCCAAAAUCAUCUUCACUCAAACACAACUGCUCCCAUGAUAAUGAUGUGGGACUGGUGUGUGCAGACAGUGUGAGGUUGGCGGAUGGUGGCAGUCGCUGUGCUGGAAGAGCAGAGGUUUUUCACAGAGGACAGUGGGGAACAAUUUGUGGUGCUGGUGCAAAUUUCAUAGCUGGUUUUGUCAUGUGUAAAGAGUUGGGCUGUGGAGAGCCGUUUAGGACUGAUACAGCUGUUCCAGGAUGUGCACCGAUCUGGAUGAGUCAUGUGAAGUGUACUGGAUCAGAGUCUACACUGAAACACUGUGGAUCAUUAGGGUGGGGUGAACACAGCUGUAAUCAUAAUAUGGAUAUUGAGCUUACCUGUUCAGAUCACAGGACAUCCAGACUUGCUGAUGGUCCUCAUGUUUGCUCUGGGAGAGUGGAGGUUUUUCAUGGAGCGUCUUGGUUCACAGUGUGUGAUGCUGACUUUGACCAGCAGGAUGCAGAGGUUGUGUGUCGAGAGCUGGGCUGUGGUUCUCCUGUGGAGGUUCUGGGAGCAGCUGCUUUUGGUAAAGGGAAGGGUCAGGUGUGGUCAGAGGAGCUUCAGUGUAGAGGAGAUGAAUCUGAGAUUACUCUCUGUCCAAUAACCUCUUCACACAAAUACAACUGCUCUCAUGGUAAUGAUGUGGGACUUGUAUGUUCAGGUCAUACUCAGGCUCGGCUGAUGAACGGCUCAGACUCCUGUUCUGGUCGAGUGGAGCUCCAGUACCUCAGUGAGUGGGGUACAGUGUGUGAUGUAAGCUGGGAUAUGAGCGCUUCCAGUGUCCUCUGUGCUCAGCUGAAGUGUGGGAGUGCUGUGGCUGUGUUGUGGUCAGACUGGUUUGGGGAGGGGAGUGGCCGGAUCUGGGCGGAUGUGUUUGAUUUUCAGGGGAACGAAACACACCUGUUAAAGUGUCCCAUUUCAUCAUGGAGUCGAACUGCAUGCUCUCAUAAACAGGAUGUUGGACUCAUCUGCAGUGGUUCUUCUCUGGCGUCUCAUGAGGGAGGAGUGCGGUUGUCUGGAGGGAUGGAGUGUGAGGGGGAGGUAGAGGUUUUCUUCAGGCAGGACUGGAGGAGAGUUCUGCUGGACUCCUGGAGUGAGUCUGAGGCCUCUGUGGUCUGCAGACAGCUGGGCUGUGGUUCUGUACUCAACACCUCCAGCUCCUCUUCAUCCAGUCCUGAACACAGCUACAUGUGUGUGACGGGUUUCAACUGCUCUGGGAGUGAAGCUCAUCUGAGGAACUGCAGCAGCUCACAAGCAGUUAACUGCAGCUCCACGGAACAGCUCUACAUCACCUGCUCUGGCUACAGCUUCAUCAGGCUGGUUGGUUCUGGGGGAGACUGUGCUGGAAGGCUGGAGGUUUUCCACAGUGGAUCAUGGGGGACAGUGAGUGAUGAAUUGUGGGAUAUUGAGGAUGCGCAGGUGGUCUGCAGACAGCUGCAGUGUGGAGUCGCCCUCAGUGCUCCAGUACCAGUACCAGCCCGGUUUGGAUCUGGAACUGGACCCAUAUGGCUGAAUGAGGUGGAGUGUGAGGGGAACGAGGCGUCUCUGUGGAACUGCAGAUAUCAGCUGUGUGGAGAGGAUGAAUGUGGACACAAGGAUGAUGUAGGAGUCGUCUGCUCAGGAGAGAAGAAACAGCUUGCAUUUGAAAACCUUCAAAAAUUCUUCUUAUUUCCAAACCAGGAUUACAUGCCUAUUAGGUUGAGAGGAGGAGAGGAAAUCUGUUCUGGGAGGUUGGAGGUGUAUCAUAAUGCUGAGUGGGGGUCUAUAUGUGCUGAUCUGUGGGACAUCAGGGAUGCUCAGGUGGUCUGCAGGCAGCUGGGUUGUGGGCCGGCGCUGAGUGCUAAUAGAAGAGCUGUUGAUGGUUCUGGUGGAGGAACUAUCUGGAUGAACAGAGUGAAGUGUAGAGGGAAUGAGAUUCACCUGUGGGACUGUCCUCAUUCCCUGAAGAUCCACACUGGCUGCUCCCACAGUGCUGGAGUCACCUGUGCAGACAUAUUUGUCACAUUACCUUUUUCAUCUGAAACAACUACAACUUACACCACAGUACCAGCACAGCUAACAGAGAAAAAGACAGUCCCUCCUUCAAAAAAUCCAUCAUCUAAUUUUCCAUACAUCUAUCCAGUGUCUCUCCUGGUUCUGGGAUCUGUGCUCUUCCUGGCCUUAGUGCUUCUGGUUGUGCUGUUUUAUCAGAACAGAGUGCUCAGGAGAGUGAUUUCUAAGGCGAGGAGGAAGACUCUGCUUGAGGCAGUCUAUGAAGAGAUUAACCAUAAAUGUGUCACUAACAGAUAUACUAAAAGAGGAAGUUUUAUCUCUGAAGAUCAGCAUUCAGGAUAUGAGGACGUAGAUGAGGAGCUUCUCUCAGAAAACUAUGGCGAGGUCUAUGAUGAUAUCAUACCUGCUGAAGAGAGCCCACACAUUACAACAGACAGUGUGAGGUUGGUGGAUGGUGGGAGCCGCUGUGCUGGGAGAGUGGAAGUUCUUCAUAGAGGACAUUGGGGAACAGUGUGUGAUGAUUACUGGGAUAUGAGAGAUGCUGCAGUGGUGUGUAGAGAGCUGGGCUGUGGGGAAGCCAUAGAUGCACCACGGAGAGCUCGCUUUGGAUCAGGAUCAGGACCGAUCUGGGUGGAAUAUGCUAACUGUGCUGGAUCAGAGUCUUCACUGAAGAACUGUAGGUCGUAUGAUUGGGGUAGACAGAGAUGUAAUCAUGAUGAAGACGCUGGUGCUGUUUGUGCAGAAGUCAGAUUGGUGGGCAGAUCUCGCUGCUCAGGGAGAGUGGAGGUUCUUCAUGGAGAGAGCUGGGUCACAGUGUGUGAUGCUGACUUUGACCAGCAGGAUGCAGAGGUUGUGUGUCGAGAGCUGGGCUGUGGUUCUCCUGUGGAGGUUCUGGGAGCAGCUGCUUUUGGUAGAGGGGAGGGUCAGGUGUGUUUAGAGGAGCUUCAGUGUAGAGGCAGCGAAUCACAGAUUCACUUCUGUCCAAAAUCAUCUUCACUCAAACACAACUGCUCCCAUGAUAAUGAUGUGGGACUGGUGUGUGCUGACAGUGUGAGGUUGGUGGAUGGUGGCCAUCGCUGUGCUGGGAGAGUGGAGGUUUUUUAUAACAGAACAUGGAGAUCAGUGUGUGGUAAAAACUGGGAUAUAAGAGAUGCUGCAGUGGUGUGUAGUGAGCUGGGCUGUGCGGAGGCUGUAUUUAAAAAUGUUCAGUUUGGACCAAGAUCAGCCUGGAUGGAUGAUGCGAACUGUAGUGGAUCAGAGUCUUCAGUGAAGCACUGUAGAUCAGCUGGAUGGGUGGAACAAAUUUGUAAUCGACUUGCUGGAGUCAUCUGUUCAGGGGUCAGAUUGGUGGGCAGAUCUCGCUGCUCUGGGAGAGUGGAGGUUCUUCAUGGAGAGAGCUGGGUCACAGUGUGUGAUGCUGACUUUGACCAGCAGGAUGCAGAGGUUGUGUGUCGAGAGCUGGGCUGUGGUUCUCUUGUGGAGGUUCUGGGAGCAGCUGCUUUUGGUAGAGGGGAGGGUCAGGUGUGGUCAGAGGAGCUUCAGUGUAGAGGAAACGAAUCUCAGAUUCACUUCUGUCCAAAAUCAUCUUCACUCAAACACAACUGCUCCCAUGAUAAUGAUGUGGGACUGGCAUGUUGUGGUCACACUCAGGCUCGGCUGAUGAACGGCUCAGACUCCUGUUCUGGUCGAGUGGAGCUCCAGUACCUCAGUGAGUGGGGUACAGUGUGUGAUGUAAGCUGGGAUAUGAGAGCUGCCAGUGUCCUCUGUGCUCAGCUGAAGUGUGGGAGUUCUGUGGCCGUGUUGGGGUCAGACUGGUUUGGGGAGGGGAGUGGCCGGAUCUGGGCUGGUGUGUUUGAUUGUCAGGGAAACGAAACACACCUUUUAUCCAAAUAA